GUUGUCUUUGAUUUCACUCGUGAGAAAGCCAAACGAUUAGCAGGUGCAAUCAAUAUCCCGCAAGAUAUCUACACAGAAAGGGAGAGAGAUCUCUUUCUUCAGCUUGCAAUGCGUGGAUUUGAGCCCCUGGCGCCAAAGCAUUGGCAGUUCGACUUCCCAACCCUUCCGGAUUCAUUAUUUUCUACUUCCGAAAACAAGUCAGCGCCUAUUAUCAAAACAUCCAGAAGUACAACCUUCUACGCGAUUAAGUCUCUUGCGUGUCUUUUCUCCCUGAGUGGCAGAGUGAGGGACUGCAGUAUCUUGGAGAAACGCCCGGAGGCUUUGAUCAAACAAACAAUUGAACAAUAUAUUCGAUGGGCGCUUUAUGAUGCAGACCUUUCAAUCGAUCGUGGUUCAAUCCCAGUACAUGUUAUAUAUGCACAAAAGAAGAACGAACCAACUUUGAAUGCCCUCACGCGCCUCAACAACCGUCUUCAGAAGCUCGCACUUCGGCAUCAUCUUGCGCUAAAGGAGACUCCAAAUAUAGGUGCUCCCCUAUCUGAUAGAUUGCCCUUGCUUAUUGGGUUUGUUAUAUGCGGGCCCAUCGUUGCUAUAAUGACCUUUGACCCCGAUCCGCAGCAACUUGAUGAAAGCACUGACGGAAGAUUCAUGUCGCAGUUUGACUUGUCAGAACGAGGACAAGAUGUGUGGAACUCACUCGCUAUUGCUAUUGCAGUUAUACAUGUCCGUAACACAAUGAUUCGACUUUCACAGGACGGUAUAGGAGGAUUUAGGAGAACUCGCAGGAGCAGCCCGACAGAUAAUGAUUUUUAACUCGUAUUCUAACGUCUCAUGUGGUGAAUUAAAUGAAGAUGUUCUUUUUCGGAACACAUUAUACAGUUAUA